GCUCGACAACCUCAGUUGAACAAUUACAGGGCUCGUUUGCCGGUAGCUCUGCUUAGGGCGGCGCUUCGGCAGCAGCGGCACACACUGACCAUGACGCAAGUACAAGCACAAGCACGGCUUCAAUGGAUGGAAAGUUCGCACGGCAGGACAGUGUCGUGGACGGUGGGCAAAGCCCGCGCCGCGGUCGUGUACCUCCUGCAACUGGGUUUCCUGUUACUGUUGCUGUGCGGAGCCGGGGUCUCGUGGCUUCUACACGGAGGCGGCACAAGGCGGGAUGACGACGCAGCAGAGGGUGUGCUGGCAGACACGGCCGGCAUCCAGAAGGCGGUGGAGGGCACCCCGGCCAAAGCCAGUGCGGCCUCUGACGACAUCCGCACCCCGCAGAUGCGGCUGGUGGGUGUGCGCGAUCUGGCCGGUGGGCAGCCUGGUACCGCGACUGAGGCCGGAUCUGGCAUGGCACCCGGCAAGUGGCCUGAGGAGGGCGUGACGCAGUAUCGGCCAGUGCGCCAAGAGCCUCACUCCCCUGUGCACCAAACCGCCACCACGCCGCUGAAACCCGCCACGCCGCCGCCGGCGACUGAGGUCCCUCCACUGGGCGCCGCCGAGAUCUUGCUGCUGGGUCUGCUGGGCUGUGACGCGGGGAUGGCGGCGGCGUGCAGCGGCAAGGACUCACAGCAACAGCAGGCACCGCUGGCGCCCGACACGUCACCCAGAUCGCCGCCAGCUGCUCAGGCGUCGAUGGCGGAUGCUCCUGGCCCAACGCCCUGGACGCCGCCACCGCCGCAUCCGCUACUCACUGCAUCAGCCGCGCGAACAGGAGACCCCGCGGACGAGGUAGCAGCUGCUGCUGCUGACAGGGCGUCGCACGCUGCUGAGGGAGCUGCUGAGCCGCUGGUGGCUCGUACCCUGGAGACCGCGCUCGUGACUGCAUCUGACGACACUGCCGCUGACGAAGACACCCAGUGCCAAGGCAAAACCGGUGCCAGUCUUGUGCGGGGACAGGCGACCAUGCGGAUAUCAGAGCCAUCCCGCAGUGUUGAUGGGCUUGCGGGCGGUGCCAGCAGCAGUGGAGAGCUGAUGUCAGCGCCGCACCAGCCCGCCCGGUUGCCCAGCGAGGGGCCGGACCUGGGCGAGGUCCGGACUGAGCAGCUCUGCAGCAGCGAGGCACACGUGCUGGCCGCGGCGCACCUCUCUGCCGCCCUGCUGCACGCGGACUCACAGCCCGCAGCAGCCGCCCCUGCGUCCCACGCAGGCGGUGCCAGCCCAGGCUUCGCGGCUCAAGGCAGCGGCGACGCUUUGCAGGCAGACUCAGAAGCUGUUUUUGCUGCGACUGCUGCUCGCUCCAGUACAAGUGCUGCAGUCAAGGGCAGCAAGGAACCACUGCCGCGGCAGCAGUCAGGGCCCAACCGGGCUGGCGGCAGUGCUGGCGGCUCAGGCCCGUCUACGGCUAAGGGGCCGCGAGCGGCGGCAGUGGCACCAGGGGCAGCGGGCACGCCCGUUCAGCGUAUGUCCAGUGAUGGCCGCUACCGCAGCGCUGCCACCACCGCCCCUACCAUCACCGCCCCUACGGCCCCCUGUCCGCGCCGCCACAAAGAGGGGCAGGGCUUGCCAGCGCACGCCUCCGGAGAGCUGCUGGCAGCAGGAGCAGGAGCAGCGGGAGACGCAGUGACCCCAGCAGUUACAGGUUCCGUGUCCCAUGCACCAGCUGACGCCACUGCCUCCACGCCCCACGUGCCCCGCUACUUGAUGCCCACAGCUGCCUCCACGUCCCGCCGCACAAGCCAGGGCCUGGGCUCGCCGCACGCAGAAGGCGGCACGCAUGGAGCCGCCUCGGGCGCACCGCUGGCGCAGGGUCGCAGCAUCCAGCUGCCCGCGGCACACCACCAGGACGGGGCGCCGGUGUCGCCAGGGUCAGGUGCGCUCAGCGGCCUGCGCUCCCCGGGCGCCACAGCCGCAGGCAGAGGCACAGGCACCGGCCGGACCACUUCUUUGCGCCGUGUGUCCCAGCCCAACGGCUCGGCACUCUAGGCGCGUGGGUGCACCGCGUCGGGCCAGGAAUCGACCACUCCUGCUUGGGGCAGCGGCCGCAUCAACGGUGUAAGCAACGGUACCCAUACGUUUGACUAUGGUUGUGGCAAGGUAUAGUUCACAGGCAGUGCGUCACUCCCGCCCAGUCAUUCAGUGCAUGGCAUACUUGCGCAAGUCAGUAGGGAACAAGCAGUGUGCAGACUACCGUACCUUACAUAAGCAUGCAUGUGCAUUGGGACGUGAAUAUUGCGGCCCCACAUCUGACAUCUAGAACACAGGCGAUCGUGGUACAGCGAUGGACUUGACAAAGGCGGGGGAUGAAAGCGGCUGCGACAGUCGCGCGGGUGGUGGCGGGUAUUGUAGGGUCGUACUUGCAUGGACACUGCAACACUGCGUCAAUACUAGUGAAUGCCCCCUGGGCUCUCCCAGACAGUUCCCGUAACCCGACUGCGGGCACGUACCGGUGUCCUCGCUGUAAAGCCCCUUGGGUGCGUGCAUGUCUGCUAGCUUCAUACUGUGUGCAUGUCUGCUAGCUUCAUACUGUGUGGAGUAGCUAAUGUACUCCAAGCAGCUAUCAGGAAUUGUACGUAUAGUAGUCCGGAGUGAAUUUGUACCCCUGGCGCCCAGCGCUUCGCCGCAUCCGGA